AUGGCGGCAAGCCCAUAUGCUCAAUGUGUCAACGACGAUCACUGGCCCUCGAGCAUUGCGUCUACACGCUACACCAAGACGCUUCAUGAGCGCAUCCGUAAGCUGGAACAGGCUUGCACCUUGCGCGGCAUCGACAUCAACACCCUCGAAGCCACUGUGCACGACGUCCAUGGGUCCGCUGCGGACAACAUCUCAUCCGCCGCUAGGGGAAACCGGGACUUUACCGUACCAGACGCCUCCACCAUGGAAACAUCCGACGACCAAGCAGCAGAGGCGGCAGCCCAGCUGCCAUCGCCGUACUCAUCUGUUGGCGUCGACAGCUCCAGCGAGGCCAGGCGGGUGACGGCCAUGGGCACCAUCCUCGCCGAGGAUGACCUGGAGGACUCGCCCAACAAUCCGGCAGAGCCGGACUUCUACGGCAGCUCCUCGGCCGUUGCGUUCCUCAAGGAGGCCUACAGCGCGAUGAAGUCGGUCCCUGCACGAGUCCAGUCGUCCACGCCAUUUCGGACCCAGCAGGCUUUGCCAUCCUUCUCGACGCCGUCUUCUCUGUACGCCGACUUUGACAAGUUCCUUUUACCCCCUCGCCCGUUCGCCGAUUACCUUCUUCAACUGUACUUUCAGAGAGUACACUACCUCUAUCCCGUAUUCCACAGACCGGCCUUCGAAAGAGCCUACGAAUCCCUCUGGCAACCGACAACCUCAGCAGCCGCAACAGCGGCAGCCGCCACAUCCGGAGCAGGAGAAACGGACUUCCGCGGCGUAGGGCUGGGCUGCUCCCCCGGCGCGGACGCCGCCACGAUCGUCUUCCACAGCGCCCUCAACUCCAUCUUUGCGCUCGCCUGCAACUUUGCGGACCUCACCUGCGCGGAAAAGGCAAAGAGCAUCGAGGUCUUUCUGCUGCGGAGCCGCAAGUGCCUCAGCGUCGAUCUGCUCGAGAAGAACAACCUCGGCGUCGUGCAGACGCUUUUGCUGUGCGGGCUGGUCUUUCAGGGGACGCCGUUUCCUGAUCGGUGCUGGAAUGCUGUUGGGAUCGCGUGUCGGAUUGCGCAGGGGCUUGGGCUUCAUAUGGAUGUUGUGGCGGCGCGGGAUAUGGGGGCCGGCGGGGCGGGGGAGGAGGAGGAGGAGGAGGAGGAGGAAGGGUUUACGUUGGAGAUGGAUGUUAGGCAGCGGACGUGGCAGGGUUGUGUCGUUCUCGAUACGUCCUAUUCAGGCGCAGACCAGAGUCUCGAGCAGCCCAAGCUAGAGUUCAUCACCCAAAGCUUCAAGCUGAGCCUGAUACUCGGAAACAUCCUCUCACAAGUCUACCAGCCGUGGCGGAACCGUCAUCCCACCCAGAGAGCAAGUUGCGGCACGCGGGGAGGGGGAGGAGUAGGAGGACUGAGCUUUGACGCCAUUGUUGAGCUCGACUCCAAAUUAACCGACUUUGAAGACUCGGUACCGCCGCUCCUAUCGUGGGGACCCGAGUCUGAUGCCUCUGUGCUGGACGGGGCCUCGUCUCCAGACGACCUCCGUAUCCUCGCGACGCAGAAGCACGUUCUGCACGCAAGGUUCUUGUAUCUCCGCCUCAUGCUUCACAGACCGAUCCUCACAGAUCUCUCGGCUGCAUACGCCCGACCUCAUCGGGAUGCUACCGGUGGCCCGUCAACAGAAGCACCGCCUAGGUCGCAGGGUAAGGGCCUCAGGGCCCCGUUCCUGACGGAGUGUGCUAGGGUGUGUGUGGACGCGGCCAUGCAGCUCAUUGAUCUGGUGCAGGGCUCGUAUCAGACGGACACGACGGGGGCGUGGUGGUGGAAUAGCUUGUAUGCCUGUGCCGCCGGCUUAGUCCUGAUCGUCUGCCGCCUCUGUCCGCGCCUCUGGACGGGGCUGGACCACGCGGCAACGUCCGCGUCGUGGGAGAAGUGCCAGAGCAUUCUGCUGGGCAUCGCUGCCUUCAGCGUCUCGGCUCGCAAGUCGCUGGAUCUACUGCGCAAGAUUGACGGGGCUGUCACGCAGUUACAAGCAGGUGAGAACAUGCCGAGGGAACCAUCGGGACAGCAGAUUGACUCCGAGAUGAAUUGCGCGAGGUUGGCGGAGAGCUGGUCGCUCCCGGCAAAUAUCGAUGUCUCACUGCUUCUUGAGCCUGAUCCCAUGUCUUUCUUUCGCGGGUGGGAGGUGAUGGGUUACGAGGCUUCGAGCUCUGGAUAG